AGCCGUUUGGCUGCGACAAAAUAGUUCUGAACACUUCAUGGAUUCUACCGCAUCAUGUCAAAACGAUUAGCCAGACACCAAAUCGCUGAAGCAUUGGCUGCAGCAAGUCCAGCGAAGAGACCUAUCGGUGACCGGUCAAGGAUCAAUAUUGUCAGUUCAGAUUUGUGUGAUCAUACUAUAAAGGCAUUGGCACCAUCUUUAGAACGCCAUAAAAAUUGCGACAUCAUUGACCUCAACCCCGGCGUCGGACUUUGGUCAUCUAAGCUACACGAAUUCCUCAAACCACGGACACAUAUUCUUCUCGAGCCCGACGAGAAAUUAUAUCUACCCUUCCUCAAACCCCUCCUAGAAAAGCGAAACUCCACCUAUAAACUAGCGCCAUGGUCUGGAGUAGAAUGGUCGUCAUAUAUGCGAAUAGCGGAGGAAGGGUUUCUACCUCACCAGAAACUCUUACCUAGUGGCCAUGAAGCACUUAACAAACCCAGUGACACGCUACUCUUUGUGGCAAACCUAGGUCACUAUCCUCCCAAGAAGCGCGGCAGCUUCAACUCCAUUGCUGCUCUCAUGAUCAACCAGCUCAUGUCUGCGGUUCGGAAUCACUCCAUCUUUCAAGCAUACGGCCUCGUACGAAUGUUAAUUUGGAUUGGAGACAAGGAAAAGAACACAAUUCUCCCCAGAUCGAUUGCAAACCGACGAAAGAGCUCGGUUCAAAUAGAAUCUACAUGUGACAUUCGUGAAAUAGCAGGCUAUCAAGAUGAGCAUCGAUGGCGCAAAAGACCCACAAGCAUCAACCAAGAGAGCGCCGAAAAGGUUGCGUUACAAAUGCUCCAGAACGGAAUUAAUUUCCCACUGAAUCGCCAGAGUCCGCUGCAUAAGGAUGCGCUCAAGGUAGCCAAGGAACAACUUUCCAAGGGAUCCAGCACCCCGGGAACUGAUACCUCGACCACAACUGGCCCGGUCGUGGCAGAUAGCCGAGUCUGGCACAAGGAACUGAAUGAGCUUGAAGAGAAGCUCAUAACUGGAGAGGUUCGCAAAUUCCAAGACGAGCGAGUCAAGGAUGAAGAUUACGUAUCCGCGCAAUACGAUUCCAGGCGGGGCCGAAAACGAGGAGUGCAACGAGAACGGACCCCAGAAUAUCAACGCCUCAUCCUGCUGAGGGCAUUGAAGAAACUUGACUUCAAACGACAACAUAAAAUGGAAGGGAUUGUCAAAGAAAUAGCUCGCCUAGAUGCAAUCGAGCUGGCAUUAAUGGAAGGCAAAAUUCCUCAUGACGAGAUAGAGAAGAAAGAAUCUGAAUUGGCCAAGUCCAAGGACAAGGUAUACGCUCAGAUUGACGGCCUCCGAGAACCCCAACAGGAGAAGAUUUUCCUCUAUCUGGAUGACCGGAGAGCAAUCAAAGCAACCCCACCCGUGCUCAUGUGGGAUCGUCGAACAGAGGAACCGCUUAAUGUUGAAGCGGAAGAAUUCUUUCCAAAUCAUCAUCUGGCACUUUUGGAUUUUCAACCAAGGCCCGUGACGGGCGCAGUUGCACGUUCCGCCGAGGCAUAUGAUGUUUUCACUAGCAUCUUGGGAUACUUGUAUAUGCAGCCGAAGCAAUCCAUUGUGCGUGGUCUCGAGUCUUUAGCCCCAGGUGCAGCGGAUUAUAUCCUUCCGCGUGCGCCGUCUCUGCAGGAUCUUCGCAAGGGGGGCCUCCAGGAUCUGGAACACCUUCGUGUCCGCAUGCUGACACCCGAAAUGCUUGAUGAGAUUAUUGCCGCGUGGGAAUCUUGGCCAUUUAAGCCGAGCACCUCGGACUUGAUUUUGAAAAUGGGGUUGGUGCCAUAUAUGGGCUCGUCUGGGUCCGCCAUUAGUGAUAACCUUUCGGAUGAUAGGGUGAGGGCAUUUUAGGUCUCGUGUAUGUUGAUAAAAUACAUUUUUAGCUUAUAUUAUAUGCUUGUACGUGUGCUUCCGGGUGCGUAGGAUAAUACUCUGG